AUGGCGCGAAGCAUGGACAUGGUGCCGCUGCUGCUUCUGUGCAUGGCCGCGGCCAUGGACGGCGCGGCGGCGCUGCACCUGUGCGUGGACCGGCUGUACGACAGCACGCAGGGCAAGCACGACGACGGCCUGCCCCACCUGAACCCGACGGAGGAGGCGACCUGGAUGACGCUCCUGCCGCGCAAGCUCGGCGCCAAGGCCGAGUUCGACUGGCUCGCGCUCUACCGGAGCCUCACGCGCCACGCCGGCGGCGGUGGCCAUGCCCCCGCGGAGUUCCUCUCCCAGGCGUCCCUGCACGACGUCCGCCUCGGCCCCGGCUCCAUGUACUGGCAGGGCCAGCAGACCAACCUCGAGUACCUCCUCUACCUCGACCCCGACCGCCUCACCUGGAGCUUCCGCCAGCAGGCCGGCCUGCCCACCGUCGGGGAGCCCUACGGCGGGUGGGAGGCGCCCGACGGCCAGCUCCGCGGCCAUUUCGUAGGGCACUACCUGAGCGCGAGCGCGAGCGCGCACAUGUGGGCGAGCACGCACAACGACACCCUCAGGGAGAAGAUGGCCAGGGUGGUGGACAUCCUCGACGACUGCCAGAGGAAGAUGGGCACGGGCUACCUCUCGGCUUACCCCGACGAGGCGUUCGACAUGUACGAGGAGCUCUCCGAGGCCUGGUCGCCCUACUACACCAUCCACAAGAUCAUGCAAGGCCUUCUGGACCAGUACACGCUGGCCGGGAACCGAAAGGGCCUUGGCAUGGUGGUGUGGAUGACGGAUUACUUCAGCGAGCGUGUGAAGAACCUGAUACAGACGCACUCGAUCCAGAGGCACUGGGAGGCGAUGAACGAGGAGACCGGCGGACUGAACGAUGUCAUGUAUCAGCUGUACACUCUGACGAAAGAACAGAAGCACCUGACAAUGGCCCAUCUUUUCGACAAACCGUGCUUCCUCGGCCCCCUCAGCCUUCAUGAUGAUGAUAUAGCGGGGCUGCAUGUUAACACUCACAUUCCUGUCCUAGUCGGUGCGCAGAAGAGAUAUGAAGUCGUCGGUGACCAUCUUUACAAGGACAUUGCAACAUUCUUCUUUGACGUUGUGAACUCCUCCCACACAUUUGCGACAGGCGGCACAUCUACCAUGGAACACUGGCAUGACCCGAAGCGACUAGUAGACGAGAUCAAAAUCAGCUCCAACGAGGAGACUUGCACCACCUACAACCUGCUUAAGGUGUCCCGAAACCUGUUCAGGUGGACAAAGUAA